AUGGCCGUUGAAGGCAAGAAGAGCGGCACCAUGACGCCCGACGUGGUCAGGAACGGGCGAGGGCGCAAGACGACGAUGGGAGGUGGUUUUGUGUCCCACGUCCCGGCACGCUUCAGUGGGCCGAAGAGACAUGAAGUUCCAGCAAGCGAGCAAGAUCCCAGGAAUUUCGCAAUCAUGUCAGUCAAAGUUCGUGGGCUUGUUCCGACAUUUCCUGACGGCUCUCAAAUCAUCAUUCCUCCGAGACCCGCCAGCAUCUCCGCGCCCAAGAAGAAGGUAGAGGUUGGCGAGGCGCCGGAGCUAAGCAGGAAGUUAGAGAAGAAGAACGUUAUGUUGAGACUCUCUCAAGAGUACAUCGAAAACCUUCAGCUUCAAGUUAAGAUUCUUGAAAAACAAGUGGAGCUCGAGAAACAGCAUCUGCCCUCACAGCAGUCCGAGUCCGAAGAUGAUAGUCAACAGUCAAGGAUCGUCCCUCACCGUCCUGCACUGAUGGUGGUGAAGGAGGAGAAUCUCAGGAGGGAAAGGCAACCGAUGAAGAUCAACCAAGUUGAGAUAACCGGCGGGACAGGGACAGGCACAAGAGGAAAGCAUUUGCUUGGCAGUGAAGAUCGAAUUCAAAAACCCUCUCCUCAGCCAGCAGGAAAGUCUUUGAACAUCUUUCGUGAUCUGCAUUCAUCACAAGACGUGGUUGACCAAUGGCUGAUCAAGUUGUUUCAAGAAAACAAGCAUGAGGAUUUUGUCCAGAGACAUCAGGAAGAGGUUAUCAAACUUUUCAAACAGAAUGACAUCACGGGGGCUGAUUUGAGGGAAAUGACGAUGGAAGAUCUGAGGAAUGAAAUCUGCAUUCCCAGCCUUGCUAUGCGGAAGUUCUUGUUCAAACAGAUUUCAGCAGCGCAAAUGAGAGGAGGACAAGUGAACAUCAGUGUGUCAUCUCAUAUCGGACCCUCCGACCCUCCUGCCGCUCACAACAAAGACGACACUUCAUCACAAGCAAGAAGCAACCGGCGAAUGGAGGACUGUGUGGAGCGACAAGAGUUCCACGAGAUACUGAAAACCCUCGGGGUGCUUGGUAAGUUGCAGCCGGCACAAGCAGACAUCAUGUUCGACGACAGCAUGAAAGCAAACAAGUUCUCGAAUUCGUCGGGGUUAGACUGGACUGGCUUCCGCAACGCCAUGUCCUUGGUCGGCAACGAGCUCAAACUCGAUCUUGAUGACAUCAAGAUGUGGCCCUUGCAGCUUCAAAGUCGUUCCCUAUGA